UGAAAAACUAGUUAAAAAUGUCGAUGUGGAUAUGAAGCGGAGGCUGCAGACUGAGCUGGGCUGACGCGGGCAGCGAACUGUAAAAAUGCUUAGCUGCCUCUCUGAUUCAGCUGCUGCAACUCUGGCGUUUGGGGCUGCCUGAAUACUAAAAUAGACUUGUGGGCCAGCACAAGAGCUCUUCUCAGGAAACACAGACCCAGUCAGAGCUUCCAAAGCUCCUCAUCACAGCAGCCCUUUUGGGGUUGCUAUGGCAGCUGCUGUCACAGAAACCAAGCGCUGGACACAAGCUUGCCCCAGUAUAGCAGGACAGACCACUAGUCAUUGCUGUAAGAGACCAUCGAACACUCAACAAACAGCACUUACCAUUAAUCCCAGCACUCUGAAUUAACAAGACGCCCAGAGGUCUCCAGUCUGAUGGUCAGCUCCUUGGAAAAUCCCCAUGAGUCUUGUCUGUGUCUGCUCAGGCUCCUGGCCAGAUCUCCUGUGCACCAGCAGAGCCAGUGUUGUUCUUUCUGCUAGACCAUGUUCCACCAGCAGGAUCAUCUGAAGAGCCAGCUGCAGGAGAGCCACCCGGCCAGCAGACAGCUCUUCCACUGCCAGGAGUGUGGGAAGCAGUACAACACCCAGCUGGGUUACAGACGCCACUUGGUGGCAGCCCACAGCGCAGCAGCAGGCCUGCCCUGCCCGGAGGGGCCACCCGGUCUGCUGGAGCACCUGGGCAGCCACAUUGACAGACCUCCACCAACGGAGGGCAAUGCCAGUGCUGCUGUGCCUGUGCGGGAGAGGAAGUACUCGUGUGAACGCUGUGACCGACGCUUCUACACCCGCAAGGACGUGCGUCGCCAUGCGGUGGUGCACACCGGUCGCCGCGACUUCUUGUGCCCACGCUGUGCACAACGCUUUGGGCGCAGAGACCACCUGACCCGCCACCUGAAGAAGAGCCACGCCCAGGAGGCAGGGUUGACACCCACUGGCACACCCAACACCCCUGUGGCCACACCAACUCCUGCCACCCCGUGUCCAGUGAAGGAGGAGCCAAGCCCGGUGACCUGUGACAUGGGCUCAGCAUCAAAGGAGCCUAUGGAGGCCUUCUCCAUGUACAACUCCUACCCCAUGGCCAAUCCUGUCCCAGGAAUGGGCCACCCUCAUGGCCUCAUGCAGGGCUCCUUGUCCUCAUCCAUGGGCAUGGGUCGCCACAUGCCACCCCCUUCUCCUCAGCCUCACCACCAUCACCUGCAGCCCCCUGCGCCACAGCAGCAGCAGCAGCAGCAGCAGCAGCAGCCUUACGGCAACAUGACCAGGUACCAGCAUGGAUCUACCUCAUAUCCUCGCGCUGACGUGGACAGUUUCCUUCUGGACCUGCAGAGUGGCCUACCCCCUCACCUGAGUGCAGCCCCUUCCUCUACCUCCACCACUGCCUCCCCUCAGAGAGAAGUGCUGGCUGAAGGUGUGGGGAGUGUCGGGGCUGGUGACCCCCAUCUGCUGUCCAGGAGCCCAGCACUCUCUUCUGCUGAGCUGUCCUGCACCGCUAAUAUGGACCUGGGUCCCCUGCUGGGCUUCCUGCCCUUCAGCCUGCCGCCCUACAGUGCCCACAUGGGAAUGGGAGGGUUGGUGAUGGGCUAUCCAUCUACCUCCACCUCCACCUCCUCCCCAUCCGCCUCCACUGGCCUGUCCUCCCAGGCUCCAGGGCCCUUCACCCUCCUCCAGCCUCCCCAGGCUCAUGUACCCCAGGGCCCCGCAGCCCACAACCACAGCCAGCUACCUCAGGGGUACAGCAGUCCUGCUAUGAGCACUUCCAGCUCCCUACCUCGCUACUACCAGGCCUUCCAGCAGUGAGCAGCUCUAUCCCUGAAGAUCUACCAUCCACAAACGUUGGCUUCACACAUGCUCAUGGAUACUUUAUGAAAAGGGCAAAAAAUGGGAAUGGGAUCUUCCAUUGUAAAACAGAAAUGCUAAUUUAGCCCGUUGAUGCUAAUGAUGCUAAUCUUAGUUAUCUUUUGUUGAACACAACAAAUCACCUCAUCAGUAUUACCUCAUUAUUUAAAGUAAGCUUGAAAGAGGGAGGAGAUUAUCUCAGUGCAACCAAAAUAGAGUACUUCUUUCAGUCAGAAUCUGUUACCAACAGUGGUUGCACUUAAGAAUGGACACAGGUGCAGCACAAUGUCAUUGAGUUAUACAGUUUUAGAUCAGUAAUGGAAACAUCUGUGGUCUCAAAGACCACUGAUGUUUUUUUUUUUCUGGAAUUUACCAUGUUUAAGAAAGUGACACCUUCACACUACAGCAGAUUGGUUAGAAUUUUUCCAUGGAUUUGCUUUCUAAAGUUUUCAAGUCAGUGGAAAUUUGUUUAGUUGAACUUUUUAGCUCCAAAAGAACUGGCAGGAUGAGGAAUGAUACUUUCAAAAUGUUAUCCAUUACAGAAUAGUGAGAACUUGCAAACAUUUUUAAUCAGCAGUUUAAGCCACUGGAAAAUAUUGAGUAAACAGUACAGUUUGAGUAGGUUUAAAUAUUUGUUUGGAUUUACCCUUUUUUUUUUUUUUUUUUUUUUUUAACAAUAGUUUCAAAUGGUGAGACAUUGUUAGCCUUUAACUCUUUCUGCAUAAUUCAGAGAUUAGUAACCUAUUUUUAGUGUCUGCCAACUGAUUACUGUAAUUAACAGUAACCAUAAAGAUGGAUUAUGGUUACCAAUUGUUGGUAAUCAGAAUACUGUAUACUGUAAAAUACUGUACACCCAUUACAUCUAAUCCAUUACUCCCGAAACCUACCGACCUAGUCAACUGAAAGAGUGAUUGAUCAAAAAUAUAAUGCACAGUUCUUUGAAUUUUAUUGCUGCUAUAUACAAAAUCAUUUCAGAUGUUAUGCUGCAUUCCAGGGGUGUCAGAAAAUCUGAAAUUCCAACUUCCUACAAAGAAAAAUGCAGUGGAUCGGCCCUUCAGAUCAGAAUUCCUGGUCAGAAAAGUUGGGUGAGAUUUCUCAGCGCCAAGGUUUCAAAGAUGCAAUUCCUGAUGUUAUGUCAGCUUAGUGGCAUACACUCUGAACACUGCAUUGCACCAUUUUUCCUCUUUGCUACUUAACAUUACUAUGAAUAAUCCUCAAAGUACACUGGAUUUUCUUUUUUUUUUUUUUUUUUUUUUCAUAUUGCAUGACCUUAAAUAUAUCAAACCACCUGUGUGGUCAGUGGUUCAACACGUAUUUGAAAUAUUUGUGCUAACUAGAUAACUAACACUGCUACAUAUCAUAAUAGCUGCUGCAUGAGGAACAGGAUUUUAUGUUGAAGAGUCCAUGUUUCUCACCUGGUUUGUAGGAGGUUAGAAUUACGGCCUCGAAGCUGGGACUUUCUGAUGUCCCACUCGGAAUGCAGCAUAAGAUUCACCAAGGUGUUUCAGAACACUUACAUGUGUUUUCUAUUUUGGGCAAGCUUUGUGCCUGUCCAAACUCACAGCCGUUUUACUGUUCUUAUUACGAUGCAUUCCCAUGAGGUUGGGAUGCUUUUGGAUCUUGGAGUUUCUAGUGGAAAGCUGUGUCCCUCCUCUUGGCCUUGCCUCCACUCUGCUGCCAAGACCAGGCAAGGCAAGAGAAGGGAACUAUUGGAGGAACAUUGGUCUCUUGAGAUUCAAGCCUGAGCUGCUGCAUUUCCAGGGCUCCUUUUAAUGGAGUUGCACUGCAACAUAGCAUGAAUUAAGGAUCUGAACGAGUAUCCUAAAAAUGGCCUCUUUCCGUCAUGAAGUUGGUCAUUUCAAGUGGAAGUGGAGGACCCUUCCCGUUAGAUGUUGCGUGUGGUUGACUUGAAGUUGGAGAGAAGAUACUUAGAGAGAUAGUUACUGAAAUGGUUGCUUUCACUCUUCUGCCUUAUUUACAUUUGCUGUAUUUUGAAGGACUUUCCUCACUAGCAUCGUCUCAAGCCUUGAAGUGUUGCACCGAUGUCUUAAAAUGCUACUGUUGUGCCUCUUUAAGAGUGUCUACUCUCUUGACUGGGUUUAAGCACUUAUGACAUUUCUAAAAAAGGAUGAAUUUGAUCUCUUUUGAAAUUCUAUGUACCUCAACAAACAUGCAGAACUGUGGGUUUAUAUUUUUAUUUGCUUCUAGUUAUUUUGGCUCUUAUUUGUGCCAUUAGAUUGAAACUAUAAAGGUAGAUUUUAUGAAUCUAAACUCUUUAUCUAGAAACAGACAUUGACAUUUUAAUUCACUCAAACUUUCUACCUCUAUCUUUUCAUAAUUUUUUCUUCUGCAGAAAUCAUCAGAAAUUGUUUUAACAUAUAACAAUUCAGCGGUUUUUACUGCUCUUGAAGAUACGGAGAUGUGUUAAAGAAUUUCAACUUUGGAGGACUGGGUAUACAUUCAAUUCCUAAUAGUGUAUGCUGGAGUCAGAUAAUGUUGUCUGUACAUGCCUUUGAUGAUUUUUCUACUUGUUUACUACCUCAGAGAAGAGCGACAGGUUACUCUCCACCUAACUACAGAGAAGAUGUCUGUAUAGAGUUUUAUUUUUGUCAGUGAACAAGCACAUGUACUUUGUAGCUCCAUAGUUUUUUAUUGAGGUUAGCUUAGAGCAAAAUUAUUUCUAGCACAAGAAGUACCAUGUUGCCAGGCGAUCCACGUUGCUCUGUUCUCAUAUUGUUGUGUGUCUUUUCAGUCUGGAAUGUUUACCUGCUUCAUUUACCGAUUUGGAGUUUUUGCAACUUGCAAUUUGGACAAUUGCAAGUUGGGAUGUACAGAUGCCACUCUGCCACUGCCAGUAUCGACUCUGAGCACUAAACCUGAAGUAAUGGCCAAAUUCAAGCACCAACUUAAUGCUGACUUAAUGAAAUAGAUUAACUAAUAGCAAUUUAUUAUCUACAGUAGAAAGUUAUAAGACUGAUUUGCAAGUGGUCUGCACAGUCUCAGUACUCAAUAGGACUCAAUUCCAGUCGUCUGUGGCAGGUUUUUGCUCCUCCUCGUUUGGUACUGAGCUCCACCUGGUCUGUAUCUACCUGACACCAGGUAGUAUCUCAUGCUGUACACUGGACAGGUGUGACUCUUUAUCUACCACUGAGGAACAAAAAUCUGCAAGACACCAGACCUCGAUACCAGAAUUGAGUACCUAGGCUCUUGGGUUUAAUGUCCAGUAAAAGUUCAAACACAUUCCCAAAUUCAUUUUCCCAUUCUUAGUAGUGGGGGCUUCAGUAAAGAGUGAUCUGUCAUGUUUUAACAUGAGAGCCCAGCAGUGUCGAAAACAACAGUCAUUAAGCCCAACUAAAAAAGUGACAAAUUUUUUUAUGCACAACACGCAGCUACUGGCCUAUCACCCAGUGAUUCUCUGUUUAUGUCUUCAGUGUUAACAUGCCAUUAAGGCAGUCACAUUAGUAAAUCACCCAGGUCUUUCUUUCUCGUUAAAGUGUGCUAAUCAGUGAAAUCAGAUGCUAUGAUAUUAAGCUGGAGUGAAAACCAGCAGACUAAUGUGGUGCAGGACUGGACACCACAUGUGGAGAGGAAACAGUGGUUCACAGUGUGUGUUAAGACACUGAACUGAUGUAAUGUAGUGGUGAGUGAUAAACCACUUGUCAUAUUGGGACACAAACAUCAGCUACGUGCUCUAUAGUUAUGGCUCAGAGACUCCAAGUCAGGAAUGCUGAUUCCUCAAUGUACCGUGGCAUCUGCAUCUUACUGCUGCAUCCCUAAAUGCAUGGUCAUAAAUCAAGUUAACUGGAACAUCUGAUGUUAGAUCAGUUUGUCAGUGCGACAAUAACCUGAUGUGGAGGGCAUUCCAGACUGAACGGUAGAGAAGCUGUGCAGGGCAGGGGGUGGACGAAACGCCAGGCUAGUUAUUCUACCCAUCAAUUUACCUGAUGAUAAUUCAAUGUUAUUGUUGUGUAGCCUGCAUUCAGGUUGGCUCUGAGAACCACUACAGUGCAGGUUUCACCACUUUUAACUUUGUUGAAUUAGAUCAAUUUUGCUUUAGGUGUUUGUAUUAUCACCCAAUAGAUUAGAGAAAGAUGAAAAGAAAAUAAGCAGUUGUCAUAUUAUUUUCUAAUUGUUGUCAAAACAUAAAGCAAUACACAAUAAAUCAUUCUUUAGAUUUC